GUUAGGGUCCCAGAAGAGAGUACAAACCUCACACACAUACGCACACACACACACACACACACACACUCACCCAGUCACACACACAUUUACGUCGGCUCCCUCCGCUUUACUUUGUGGAAUAGUGGAUUACUUUCUAAAUUGAGCCACUCAUCAAGGAGAUCCAGGCAUGAUCAGGUGGCAGUGUGUCGGAGCAGUGUUCAAGUGUGAGAUGAACCAUGGAGGGGUGCAGGAGGCCAGUCACUAGCCAAGCCAGCAGCCACACAACCGCCAGCAGCAGGAGAAGCAGUAGCCCAGGGAGGUCCCAGAGCAUGCAGCUGGGCCCUCACUAGCACCGAGUGGACCAGGUCUUCUCCUCUUCACCUGGGGGCCAGGGCUGCAGAAUGCUCAGUCCUGUCACCCCAUACAGUCUGUUGAAGAUGCACUGGUCUCCCGAGCACGCCGCCCCCUUAUCUCAGUGGCCUGAGCAGCACCUAGACGUCACCUCUACCACCUCGCCCCCAUCUGCCCACAAACAUGACCCCUAUGCUACUGCUGCUCGCCGCGGCUAUGCCCCUGCAGGUUACCCUUGGGCCAGUGAUGACAUAUCUGCCCUUACUGCCUCUUCUCUGCUUAAACGCUAUGCUGAGAAGUAUUCCGGCCUGGAGCUGUCCUAUGAACGCCCUGCUCCUGGGGCCUACUCAGAGCCUGGAACUUUCCUAAAAACUGAAUCUGAGCCCUGGGCUCUGGGUCAGGGCAUGGAGUGUUACCCUGGACUAGAGGCAUUAACUGGCACCAAGGUGGGUUCUGCCUCUGUGGGCAUCCCAGCCACAGGAAGUGUAACAGUAGUGAGCAGUAACUUGGCCUCUGAGCCAAGUUACAGUGGUGCUGGCUCCUGCAGCGCCGUGUCAUCUCAGGAAUACCCUCCUGCCUACAAUAGCACCUACCUGUCAUCAGGAUAUUGCCCUCAGCCCAGUGCAGCACUUCCCCCUGCCACUCUACACUCUUUGCAGGCCACACCCACUCUAGUGCCCAGCUACAGUGCCAGCACUCCUGUCUACAACUACCCUCCAGGGUGCUACCCCCAAACCAGCCUGUCUUCUGGAUACAGCCACCCCAGUGCCUCCUACCUGCCAUCUGGGAUAAGUGCCCCAACUCCUCUGGCCCCUAGGCCCACCAUGGUGGGGGGGACUUACAGCUAUGCAUCUCACAGCCUCGGAGGGAGCGCCGAGGCAGGGGUGCCACUGAAACGCAAGGCCUUUGAGAUGGCAGAGGAUGGACAGGAAGGAGCAGAGGUGGAGGGAUCACGCUACAGAAAGUAUGGCAACGGCCAUGGAAACAGUCACAGCAAAGGCCACGGCAACGGCCACAGCAAUGGCUAUGAUAUGAGCGGUUCAGCCUCAGAUCCACAGGUCUACAAACCUGGAAAGCCCCUGAUGUCGCCCCCGUAUGGUGGGGCAGGGGACUACAGCCCACCAUCAGGCCUUGCAGGAGAGAGUGCAGCGGGUGAGCACAACUUUCCUCAGCAGCAGAGGAUGUCUAUGAAGAUACCUGCAUCGCACACACGAUCUGAGGACCCCGCUGGAGGCCGCUGACAUCCCCCGGUCGGCAUUAGAGAGGAUUCCCUCACUCUUCAACCAACCAGGGUUCUUAAUCCAGACAGAUUUGGGGGGAGUAACAUUGGAUUUGUCAAUGCAACGUUCAAUUUCACUUGCAAACACGAGAGGGCACAAAACUGGUAUUUCUUGUGUAUCUUUAACAUUUUCAUUAUUAAUGUUUUUCCAAAGACUCACAGGAGCUAUUGCCCUGUGAGCUUGAGUUAAGUGUUUUUAAGGGGUUAGGUUGAGGCAUUCUCUACAUAGAUAGCAUUAAGACAGUCUAAAUGUAUGAGUGUCUGUUUCUCUCAGGAUCCUAUUUAUUUCCUUUCUGCUACUGUGGCAACAGCAAUGCAAUGUUGCUGAUUUAGAAGUCGGUGUAAUUAUUUGUGGCCACUAUGUUUGUUAAAAGGCCUUUGACUGCAAUAUGUUCUACCACGCCACAAAAAUCAUUACUGACCAAAAAAGUAAGGAGAGCAAUAAGUGAAAUGGUGAGAUUGCCAUACUACUCCAGCACAAUCACUGCUACUUUACACAGCUCACUCCAAGGCUUGGUUUGUCACUUGGCCUUGAGAAAUGAAUGUUUCCCUGCUUUUUUGCUUUUCCCUUAUACAUAUUCUUGACUUCUUUAACCCUUUUCUUCUCCUCCCCUCAUUCGUUAUCUAAUCUCUGUCCUGGAGCCCUGCCUCCUGCUUUCAACCUUUUUCACUGCUAAACAACUUCUGUCUUUGUCCAGUUUAUACAAAACAAGCUGCUUAUCAAAUGAUCACAUGAUAGGAUACAUGAAGCCGCCCUUUAAAUUGUUUUGGCGUAAAGAAAGAGUGGGGAAUUAAUCGAUGAUUUUAUGUUCAUUUUAAAAUGUAUUUAGCAGUCACACAAUGACCAUACACGGAGUAUAUGCAGAUCAUCUACAAAGCGUGUUGUUUACAUGCAGAUUUCUGCUAAUCCUAAAACAAACAGGUAUAUUUUCUAAAGAAUCUGUGAUUAUAAUACCUGGUCCUGCUAACACCUUGUCUUUAAUAUUCAAAACAUAACAAGAAAUGAUGCUUAUACUAGCCUACAAACUUACCUACAAAACAACCAGAAAAGAAAUAACCGUGCUUAAGUCUGCAAACUGCUAAACUUCACUCCAAGCAAACUGUUUAAUGGUGCAUAAACUUGUUUGGAUGCACAGUGUAGAUAGAGAGGCAUGCAGGUUGAAGUAGAGGAUAUUUGCUUCUGAGUGAGUGCCUCUAACCAUUUUUGCUCAACAUUACAUUCUUUAUGAAGAUCUACCUGCUUGUCUUCUUGGAUUUCUUUUUUUUAAUAUAUAUAUAUAUAUAUAUAUAUAUAUAUAUAUAUACAUACAUAUAUAUAUAUGUAUAUAUAUAUAUGCAUUCUCUUUACCUUUGCCUCUCAAAAGGAUGAUUUAUAGUCAUGUUAUUGAAUACUCAGGAAGAUUAUUGUUACCUCAGAAUGAUAAAAUAAGAAUGUAUGUUAUUACCUUAGGGUGUUUGUGAGGAGCUUUAUGGAGCACGAUGAAAGUGGAGCCAUGGCUUUGUCAAAGAGCAAAAGAUACCUUGAACACUUCUUCAGGGAAACAAUGAACUUACAAGGCCUUUGAUACUAAGAGUAGAAAAUACACAUACAUGCACGCACAUGCACAUGCACACACACACACUCACUCACACACACACACACACACACACACACACACACACACACACACACACACACACACACACACACACACACACAGCUUCUUAGCUCUGGGGAAAUUAAACUUGAGGUUUUUGUACCAAGGCCUGAAAUGUUGAAUGUAAUUCAGAUAUUUUUUUUAAAAGGACAAUACAUGCCAUAAUGUACAUGGAUGAUGUUUUUAGAUAUAUGAAACAUAUUUUCUUCAUGUAUAGAUGUAAUUCUCUUAUAGGUUUUGGUCAAGAAAAGAAUGACAUGUUAAGUGUUAGUGUAGUUAGCAGUGGGGAAAUGGUUUUGUGGACAAAAAGUCAAAACAAAGCACUCCUGAUAGACAAUAUUUGACAUAUCAAAACAUACACAUAAUACAGCAUAUGCUCUAUAAUAGGCAUGUUUAUCAAAUGUCUUAAUAAAGUGUCCAAUUUCCAUUUCCCUUGUCAGUAUUUUAAAACCGCUUGGCAGUGUGUCACCAGUCAAUCAGCGUGAAUUUAGCUUUAAUAUAAACUGACACCACCAAGAAGGGAGAAGUUAAUUGUGACGAGCAUUAACAAAGGAUGUGCACUGUCAGAAAAUAUGUACUUUUUGCUGUUAUUUUUUUAACCAAGUUGUAGCUUCGCUGCUCCACUAUUUCAUCCCUUCAGAAACUGUGCCAUACAAUUAUUUUGUGCAAAAUUAAGGGCGCUGUAACAAAACCAAACUCCUGCCUAAAAGCAUGCCCAGAGAGUGAAUCCCCUUUAAUAGUGAGAUUUUUAGGCUGAUAUGCAACUUCAGAUUUAGUCUGAAAUUCAGUGUGAUGAAAAGUAUUUUAAUGCCUCUUUUUUGGAAAUAUAAGCACAUUCAUAAAAGUAACCUUACUUUUAUGAAUGUGGUUGAGUGUGAAACAGAUUUUGCUUCAAAUUAUGCUGAAGAAAAAAAAAACAGAUUAAUGAAAAGGUUUUAAACAUAGGCUAUGAUAAUGUAUUCUUACCCCCAGAUUUUAAAAGUAUUUAAGCGCUUAGCUACAACAAUGCUCUUCACUACCACACAAAGAAUGUGCUCUACAUCCACCUUCACACUGCGACAGACAACAGUAUUUGCUGUGUCUUGGUGUUACUGUUAUUCAUUAAUGUAGUUCAAUUUGUCAAACUGAUCAAAAAUGGGAUUUCAGUGUUAUCUUUGUAAUUCAGUUGUACUUUUGUUGUAUCUUGUACAUUCUCUGUAACCAUUUCUACCUCAUUUUGAAGACAUUGUACAUGGAAGUAUUUAUUUCAUGUCAUUUCACAUGCCGGUUUUCAGAGCAAUGUUUCUAAUUCUUGACCUGUUAUAGUCUACCUCAGUAAAGACUGUUGUGUCACGGAAAUGAAGAUAUCAUACCAAAAAAAAAACCCUUGACUUUGUCGUUUUGUUUGUGAAAUUCAACAGAUUUGAGUGUCCUCAUCUUUCACUGAAAUAUAUUAUGACGAGUUCCUAACAUUCCUUGUUGUUUUCACUGGUGCUUUGGCCCUACAAAAGUCCAAAUUCAUUUUGCAGCUCUAUUACUAGUAUGUCAAUCCCUAGAAAUUACACCUGAUAUUGAAACAAUAGCAGGAUGCUGUUUUCCUCUAAACAGAGAUAAUAUUUUUGUGUCUGUUUGUACUCGGUUCUGCUAUUUGCAUUUAUUGUACUCCUCUCAAGGAAAUUCCCCUGGAAAUCCUCAACUAUUUACUAUACUAUUAUUAUUACUCAACUAUAAUACCAGUCUCAGAAUUUUGCUUUUCCCCCCCCAUACUUUAUUCCACAUUAUAUAGUUCUUCCUAGUAAACCUUUUAUAAACUAUAAAGAAAUAACCUCUAAAAUGAACACUUUAUCAUGUGGAUAAACUUAUUUUGUUAAACUGAUCUUUUUGCUUGUAAAAUUGUGGAGGGACCAUGGGACUAUUUCUAUUAUGUAAAGAGCCCAUAAGCUCAUGGGAGCAUAAGAAUAAAAGGAUGGCAAGAGUGAAGAAGAUCCUGACCCUCUUCACUGGACUCCCCCUAUCCACAGCUCUAUUGUCUGGAGGGCGGAGGGCAUGCGCUGGCGUGUGACAGAUGUCUGAAACUUUUGUGUUUUCAGUCAGUGACUCUGACCCUGCAGCAACAUCUAAAUAUUUCACAGCAAAACCCAGUUUCACCAUAACUGUUUAACAUUAAACGUAUGUGUAACUAUA